CACUCGCUUGAGCAUAUAGUGUGCUCUUCUCUUCCUCUUCCAGUUGGUAUUCUUUAUCUGAAACAUAGUACAGAGGAGGAGAGGAGAACGAGAGCUAAGAAGAUGACCGGCAAGGUUCUCCUUGUGGCCGUCCUUAUCUUGGUGGGCGUGGCCUCUCGAUGCUCGGGCAGUAGGGGCCUGCAGGGCGAUCACGUUGCUGAACAGAAGUUCGGUGGCGGUGGCUAUGGAGGUGGCGGUGGGUACGGAGGCUACGGCGGCGGUGGAGGAGGAGGUGGUGGUGGGUAUGGCGGUGGCGGCGGCGGCGGCGGCGGUGGGUACGGAGGCGGUGGCGGCUACACACCCGGCUACUCUGGCACCGGCACCUGCGACUACUGGAAGAGCCACCCGGACGCCAUCAUCUCGUGCAUCGGGUCGCUGGGCAGCAUCCUCGGCUCCUUCGGCGACGUGUGCAGCGCCUUCUUCGGGAGCAAGCUGCAGACGCUGCAGGACGCGCUGUGCAACACCCGCACCGACUGCUACGGCGACCUCCUCCGCGAGGGCGCCGCGGCCUACCUCAACUCCAUCGCCGCCGAGAAGUACGCCUACAGCACGCAGCAGGUUCAGGACUGCAUCGCCGUCGCGCUCACUUCCAAGGCCGCCGCCGUCGCGCAGGCCGCCAUGUUCAAGAAGGCCAACUACGCCUGCAGCUACUAGCUAGGCCUCGCGCAUCAUCAGCGUAUAACGUACGCACGCAAUGUUCGUUAUAUAAUUCCAUACGUAUAUGGGUGUGCAAGGUCCAGACCGACCAGCUGUAUGUCUUCAUCGUUGCCUUCGUUUCUGCGUCGUCCUCCCAUGCAUGUUUAUGCAUGAUGCCGUGCCGUCUCGUUGUCAGCUGGUUCAGUAGUGAUGCUUACUUUCUUGUCGUUGUUGCUAAUGUAAGAA